UUCAUCUCUGGUCGAUAAUGUUCUCCUGUUGUGACAUGCACGUGACUCAUAUCCUGGAGAAAAAGGAUGCAGCUUGUUUGUCCUCCAUUGCCCUAGUUGAGUAUAGCGUAGAAAUUGACUUUCUAAAGCUACGCCAACGCUCUUGGCGUGCGGCGCAAUUUUGAACGUUAAACAUCUCUUGAUUGUUACUACUUACUUAUAACUCUACAAUCGGACCGUAGAUUUUAAUUCUAAUGCCACGAGGCUGUGUUUUAGGACGGCUUCUAUAGGACUUUUCCUUUUCAUAAUUAUUGAUUGUGUGGUUGAUGAUUUGGUGUAGGGGCGCCAAAAAUCUAAGGAGUAGGGCGUUCUCUGCCCCCUUCCCCCCCCAUCAGCUCCCGCUGCCAAUCUCAAGCUAAGUCUAGUUCCCGUUACCCGCCUCGCUUAUCAUAUGGACUUAUACUUUUUUAAGAAGUGUAAACGAACUACAUAUACAGUGCAUCUGUGUAUUCUAGGCUAAGCGGUAAUAAGGGAAAUAAGUCAAGGUAUGGCGAUGGCAAUGCCCAGAGAAAGACAAAGCUGGGCUGCCAAGCGACAAGACUGCUUAGCAUUCUUUGAUAUUUCACUGAGAUGGUGUGUUGAAAAUACCACGGCACCGUACAUCGGGAGGUCACAUAUUGGGAGGUCCGUCUUAACUCCGUUGUCCAACCUAUCACAUGUGCAGUUCAUCUCCUCCGUUGAAUGCUAAUUAGUUGAUGUCUAGUAAAGCAGAUAACCUCCUGAUAUGUGACCUCCCGAUCUACGACCCCCUGUAGGUGGUCGCUACUUAUCUGCGACGAGGGCAUACCCCAAAGGAUCGACAUCAUCUCGGCGGGACUGCACUGUGGGCUGUCAGCGACUCUCCAGACACGUGAGGUUGGACGGAGCGCACCGUAGCCGUUGUGAGCGUUGCCGCUGGAGUAGCGAGAGGUGCCAACGAAAUCGCCAAUCUUGCGCUUGCGGACGUGCAACCCGGUACCCGGGUGGACGAAUCUCUUCGCAAGGCCCAAGUCGAUCAGGUCACGUCUACUAGGGAGAAAAGAAGCCUCUGCAACCAAUUGCCCAGCAGAUCGAGCACCAUAAUUCGGUGGCGUGGCAGUGACCGAAUCAGUGCACCCAAAGGAUGCCAGGCUGCCCUGCGAGGCAACAGCUGGCCUUCUGGACGCCAUUCAUGUGUGCAAAGUCUAGGGGUUAUAAUCCUUAAUUU